AAAUAGUGCUCCAAACUCAAAUAAAAGCUCAAAAGCUGCUCAGCGCAAUUGGGAAAGGCCUACGUACGGCGGGCGGGCGGUCGGUGUGCGGUCACGUGAUUACCAAAUUUUCUGGGAUGGGUAGAUUUACUAAGCUAUGGGGCUCCGCCCGUGCGCGCGUAGAGCUCAGCUAUCAUAGCGUAUACUGGACACUGUUAUCAUUACCCAGCUCAAUCGUCGAUUUCCACGUGGGCCUAAUUUAAUUCGAGAGGUAACUGCUUUGAGAUGGGAGGUCUGAAUCAACUAAAUUCGACAGUUUCAAGUUGAAUACGACUUUGUUGAAUCUGCGACUGAAACAGUCGACAAUUCUACUUAGGUUCAACAUUUGAUUUAGAAGUCGCAUUUCACAUGUGCCGAAUACCAUGCAUUAAUUAUAGAAACCCUUAUCCAUAUUGGAUAAAAAUGUUUUCUAGAGACUGGGAAUAUUUACAGCAAACGGAGUUAAAUUCGGCACCAUCAUAUCCGACGUGUGAAUAAACUGUCGUAUUUAAUUACUUUCAUCGACUAAAAUAGGUGUUCUUCGGCACUCAUAAGAAAUUCCAGGUUUGAAAGGGGCCUAACAUGACAUAACAUUGCAGGCUGUUAUUAGGUUGUUGUUUUCUUUUCAGUAAGAGCAAUUCGUAUCUCUCUUUGUAAAUCCAUUUUAUUAAUCGGCUUGUGCCGCGACUUAAGAAGCGGUUGAUUUUACUUUCUCUUGAAAUGAUUUGUAUGUCACUGGACAUGAUUUGUGUAUCAAAAAUAGCGAUCAGUAUUCAUCCAUCCAUUUCAAUAAAAGCAAAUGAAAUCACUUUUCACAAUAGCGGACAACCUAUAACCGUGACUUCGUCGUAUAAAUAUGCGGCACCGAAGAAAGACGAAAAAGCCAAUCCUUUUUGAUCAAAUUAUUUGAAGGUUUAAACUCGAAGCUUUAUAUAGUGUAAAAUAAUUAUAAUUUACUUUUACCGGUAUCACUUGUAAUGAUAAUAAUAAUAAUAAUAAUAAUAAACAAUAAUAAUACUUUAUUAAACUCUUCUCAAAUUGAAAAUUAAAUACAAAUUCAGUAUAACUACAGUUAAAAAUGACUUCUUGGUGGUCUGGUGGUUUUCAACAGAGCAAAUGUCAAUAACUGUCUAUAAUCUAAAAAAUGAAAAUUUCUAUGUACAUCCCAAUGAUAAAGUAUCUGUAGCUGUUGAGUCUAGGAAAGUCCAGCUUGACCCUUGUCUAUUUCUAGAUCCCUGUCCUUAACAUCUAAGGACAUCUACUAUAAUAAUAAUAAUAAUAAUAAUAAUAAUAAUAAUAAUAUGUCCUUAGGGGCGGUUCGAAAGAGGCUGAGCAAAAUAUAAAAGAGCUUGUAGGAGACAAGGGUGAAUCAAUUAUGCGCCAGAUGCAAAAGACAAUCCUGUCUUGUUCAUUACACAUUGCUAGAAUUUUCAAGCUAGGCGCUAAGAUAUCAAUAGGAAUUCUGGACACCUAUUUUAACAGAUACUUAAUCUUGUACAUUAUCGAAAGUUUAUUUAUAUACCUUAGACGUUCCCACAAUUAAAUGGACAGCUAUAUGAACGAUGGCUUUUAACUUAUGAACAUUUUUAUUUUGUAAUUAAGACGUACAUAAAGCUUGUAGGAUUUAUUUAUUUAUUUAUAUAUUUCUUUUUUAUGACACUUUUAUCAAAUCAUUUUUACCCAGGUUUUAUUUGCGUUAAUUGUUGUGUAAUUGUUACCACAAAUUUUAGUCGAUGCUGCGGCUGGUUACGGGUUGCCGCCCAGCCAAAACGUUUAUUUUUUGCUCUGGGUAUCCAGAAAUUUGUACUGCCAUAAUAAUAACAAUGUUAUUUAUGUACUUCAGAUUCAGUUGGGGAAUUACUGACUAAGAAAUAAGGGAGGAUUCUAUCUUUUGUUAAGUACAUGAAAGUGACACUUGUAAGAUCAUAUGCCAAACUUUGGCGUAUUCAUAUUUUGCAAAGAAACUCGCGUGUUUUUACCAUAAGAUAAACUUCAUGACUGUUUGUCUAGAUGUCUUCAAAUGACAAUGUGGAAGAAGACUUGAAAAUCACUGACGUUCAAGAUGUUGGUGAAAUUCGGAGGGAAAAGCUCGAUUCAAUAUUGAUGACUUUAGCAGCCAUGGAAGAAAAAUUUACUACGUCCUUUAGGGGAACAAAGGAUGCUGUCGAGGAUGUUGACAGUGAAAUCCAUAAGCGUAUCAGCAAAUCCGAAAAAUUUGUGGAGGGAAUCCUCUGGAAAUUCACGAACCUUGAAAAUCACAUUAUUGACGAAAUACAUGGACGUCCUAGAAGGAAAUCAAUUUAUGCAAGCACUGAAGUCGCCUCCGUGAUGUCGGACUCUGUUUUACGUCGCGAUGUACAAGACUUGUGCGAACUAGACAGCACUGAAGAAACAAAGACCGAUAAGCUACUGAGAGAAAUAAAAGAUAAAAUAGAUCAGCUCGAAACAAUGAUGGAUGAAAAAUUUAAUGAAGUAUCUGAGGCAAUUGAAAAGACAAGAACAACAUCCCUGUUACACGGUAAAAUACAAGAAAUACAAAGGGAAAAGGUUGAGAAAAGAUUCCACGAGCACGAGGAGUUCAUUAGAAAUAACUUACUAAAGCUUCUGUGACGUUGAAAUAUGCAGUGCCAAGCAUAUCAAAUCAAAUUAUUGUAAACUUUACUUUACUAGGUUAAGUUCAAUUCGAAACAAAAUGUGUGAUCUCUUGAAAAUUUUCUAGAGCCAGGGUGGUCAGACACCGAAUUUCCCAUGCAAUGCACCUAAUUCUAAUAACGUAGAACAGUACAUUCGAUCUUGUAUGUUUAAAAUUCGACGUCUCUAACAAUCGAUAUAUAGUCCAGAAACUGUCUCUUUUAUUACAGACACAAACUGUGGGUUAACUUCGACGUCCUUCGCAUCCUUUGUUUUCCUUUCCCCAAAUUAUUGGCAGCCCAUCUCUAGCAGUACGUCUCUUCUUUCUUGUAUACCGGUAUUUAUCAUCAUUGCUUUGAUUGGCUCUCACUUUCGAUUGUUAUCGUUAUUGUUAUUAUUUAUGUGAUUAUUUAUUCAGGAACAGUUUUGUAAGUAUUUUUACGUCGGUUUUGCUCGUUUAAGAGAUGUAAAGACAAUGAAACUUAAUUUCUAGCGUUUUUUGAACAAAAAAAAAAAAAAAAAAAAAGCUGAAAAGGAAUGGAAUGUCUCGUACAAGGGAAAGGGAGUAGGGGGAGGGACCGGUUAGGCCGUUUCCAUGCGCAGGAACUUGCGCAGGAAUACAUUAACGUAAAGGACGUCAUGUAUGGCAUUAAGAUAGGAUGAUGUCAUAUCUUAUUUUGAGUUGGCAAGGAGCAGGUGACGUUAGGCCGUUUCUGGCGUUGCUAGCCAAUUGCACCCCUUAUUCCUAUUUUUUAAUAGACGUUCCACUCAUUAGGUACUAGAAUGGGGUUUAAUUUAUUUAAGAACCAAAAGAGUAAGGGUUUACUUUAGAACCAUCUGAUGCUUUCUAUAGAAUUUUUAUACCCUGUACAAUACUUUCUACAGAGUCAAGUAAACAAAGAUUGACAUUUUUGCUCGACCGGCAGUAUUUCACUUCGCUGCGCUUCGACCUCGUUUUCAUGUUUUGCCCGAAAAAUUAGUACGAUUUCGUUUUCGUCUAACCCCUUGUUUCGCCCUAUUGAAAAAAUAUGACAUCAUCGUGACCAAGUAGGGACAUGACACGUCUGUAUUCAUAGAUUAUGAUCUCAACAUUUUUGAUGAAGUCAACCCCUAGGGUAUUCUGACGUCACUUGCUCCUUGCCAACUCAAAAUAAACUAUGACAUCAUCCUAUCUUAAUGAGAUGCAUGGCGUCAUUUGCGUUAGUGUAUUCCUGCGCAAGUUCCUGCGCAUGGAAACGGUUAACCUGAGAUCAGGCCCAAUUUGAGCGGUUCUCAUACAUUCUCUUUAACGGCUACAGCUGAAAUUGGGCCUGAUACAAACUCAUUCACGUUUGUGCUCGUUACAGCCAGAUUUUGGCCGUAACGCUGAUUGGCUGUUAGAACGAUGCCACAAGAUCUGAUCGGCUGUCGGAAACGCCGGAAGUUGAAAGCUCUUAUUCCUCGCGUGGCUGUUUUCGUGAAUGAUCCGUCGUCGGCGAAGAGAAGGAUCGAUUUUGCUGUCUUUUUUAUUGUUUUACGGUCUUAUGGUACGAAAAUAUGCCUUAAUAUGUGCCAUGGAAAUUCAGAAAAUUCAUAUGGUUGUUCAUAUCUUCUCAGGAUUUGCUUUAUUCACGGAAAGUGAGUGUAUCGUGGAGAUGAAUCCCUCUGCAAGUUGUUGACUGCUAACAAUGUGCCUUUUGAUUUACCAACAAACGGGUGCAAAUCAAAAUACUGUCCAUCUCAAAACUGGUUUCAUUUAAAAGUUUAGCCGGGAAUGACUUCUCUGAACGGGGUACGCAAGCGGAGGCUCACUGCGAAAGAAACCUCAAUCGCCAACUGUGAAGUAUUAGACGAAAAAUAUCGCAUCGCUGUUCAAGGAAUUUGUUUGUGUAAUCAAAUGGUGACGAGUGAAAUUAGGGAAUAAUUUCACGCGCGUUUGGUCCAAAUCCUAAUAAUUUCAAAAGGCUCGGAAAAUUAUUAGGAUUUGGACCAAACGCAAGUGAAAUCAUUCCCUAAUUUCACGAGUAUACCAUUUGAUUACUUUUUGAUAUCAUGGGUGACGAAUUACGUUAGCAAUCUUGGAUUAUUGACAUGUUUAUCCUGGAUCGUAUCGAUCGAGAACUCCACUCAAAUGUUUAGACCCUAAAUUUGGCUUAUAAAGUUCAGAGUUUUUCAGCAUUUUUCGGCAAAAUACCUGCUAGAAUCCUUCCUGAUGUUCUCUUGUGUGUUCAGCUUUUCUAAAGCGUCUUUUUGUGCCCUGACAUCUUCAUUCACCGCAUUUUAAAACUUCGUCGCCAUCUUGACACUGAGACGUACGGAAGGGUUGCCAUGGCAAUUUUGUAAUUUCACAUGUGAAAUUACAAAUUAACGCUGAAAUUUCGCGCCAAAAUUAAGGAGUAAUUCGUCACCUAUGAUAUUAUCAGUAUUAACAGACUGGUUGUUUGCCUUCGCUUUUUGUAAAAAAUAAACCAGGAAAACUGGUGUCCUCGCUCGUUGGCUGUUUGCUUUUGUUUUUAAAGAUUUAUGUACUGAAAAUCGGGGGAAAUUGCCGAGGAAAAUAUUAAGGCAACGGAAAAAUAGAAAUUUCAGUAUUUUAAAUUCGAGCGCGCCUAGCCAAAAAUAUUAAAACUAGUAGAACAUCGUGUCGCCGUCUUUUCGAAAACUUUUUACCUUCUACGCCAACGGAAAUAACCUUCGAGAUCCCCCUUAAUCUCGCAAGAAGUUAAAUGUGAUUGUGCUGACUGUUUUAUUUUUAGCUGAAAAAAUUAACAGAUAAAAGCUAUUUUUUAAGUCAGCCAGUCUGCAUUUUUCCCACGCGUGAAAAAUUUGCAUACUAGAAAAACAAGCAGCGGAAGUAAUUUUGGUUGACUGAUUCGGCAAAUGUCAAUCACUCAAAAAAGUGGGCGGCAGACGUUUUGUAGAAGGUUUGUAUCAGGCUCUCUUUUCGUUUCGCCAUGUCGGCCCAGGCGGAAUGCUCGCCGGAAUGUUAUUUACAAAGCAAAACGAAAAUAGAGCCUGAUCUCAGGUUAGGAAACGGCCUAAUCGGUCUCUCUCCCACUACUGAAGGGGACGCCGCUGUUGGUCUUUACAUUUGUAAAUGAGUAAAAUGUAGAUUUAGCUGAAAAAAAAAAAAAAAAAAAGACUGGGCUACUGUUGAAUAAUAAGACUAACGUGGAUUCGUCCCUCGAGCAAGCUAAAAAAAGCUAUCCAAGCAUUCGGUUGCAUGUCUUGCAGAAUUUUGCGUAAAAUCUUAACCUCCUCGUAUAUAGGUAAGUGCGAUAUAUUACAUCGACUUAGAUGUAGGGGCAAAACGCCCGGUAUUUUUAUCUGAGCAGGCGAGAUGGUCAUCUGAUAUUUGUGUGUGGAUGCCCUAUUUUGACAGCUUUCAAUUCAUCUAUAUGGAUGGCGUAUUUUAUAUAAACCUUGGUGAAGGCCGGGAAUUAGCCUUGAGCGUUACAAUAAGUUACAAUUAGUAAGAUAUAGCAACCGUGGAGGAUGCAAGGGUGUGAGAGAAGGAAAAUGAGAAAUUUGAAAAGUAACAAGAUCUUGAGAAAGAAGUUGGAAAAAUGUGGGUUGUAAGGACAAGGGUGAUUCCGGUAGUAUUGGGGGCAUUAGGAUCAUUACCUAUGAUAAUAUUUUUGUGGGACAGACCCAUUUGGGGAAUUACUGAAUAAGUAAUAACGGAGGAUCUUCUAUAGUUAAGGUGGCUGAACACAGUUUUUGCAGUUUGUGAAUAUAUGUCAUUUGCCAAAUCAUGGUAAGAGAAAGGUUGCAGAUCACCAGCUGAAACUUGGCAAGUGAAAACUAUACUGAUAAAAGAUUUUGAUUGACAGUUAAAAUGUGACGUUUCCGUAGUUUCCAUGGGAACAUGAACGAUUGAAUCUUUCAAAGGUGUGGUUUAAGUCUUUCGAAAACUUCUUCAGAUAAUUUUCAAUACGGUCAGUUCUGCAGCUUGCAUCGUGUAUGUAACCAGUCGAUUAAUCUGUACAUUCAAGUAUCUUCUUUAUCCCUCUCUUGUUGCUCGAUAAAUCGUUCUUCAGCAGUUGAAGGUCAUUCUGUAUUUUAGCUUUACUUUCUUCAAUUUCUUUGAUAUCUUUGCAUAGACUGUUCAGAGUAUACUUCUUACGAGUAGGUUUCAAAUUCAUCUUCCCCUUUCCCUCCUCUUUUAGACAUUAUAAUACUAUUUUGUUCUUAGCUGACAGAAAACGUGGCCAUCUUGCUUGGUGACCACUGACCACUGACCACUAACCGUCCCUCGUUUAUGUUAGGUCAGUCGCGUGCUAAGAUUUCUCCCGGUUUCCCUGAUGUAAGCAGUCUGGCAGUAGCAGCAUUAAUAACAAGGAAGUUACUUUAAAAGAGGGUCUGAAUGGAGGGGGGGGGGUCAACUUGUCGGUUGUCGGUUAACAUUCGGUUACUUUGUCGGUAGUCGGUUAAAAUUUUCGAUUUUUGUCGGUUGUCGGAAAAUCUCAGUUAACAGAUGCUGCACAUCUAUACCUUUAAUGUUUUGGCUCUAAUAAGCAUGUCCUUUGCCAUAAUUUCGGACGUACAAGGGGCGCGUGUGUGUGGGUGUGGGUGUGUGUGUGGAUUUUUCCGACAGGGUAAAACAUCAGCACCUGACGUUUUCAGUAGAUGUUUGUUUAUCCCUCGCACGCAUUUUGAGACAAGUGAUGUUCAGUUUCUAUGGUUACGAGGUAUGACGUAAUAAGUAGCAGGUGGUCAAGCCAUUUGGACUGAAAAUCUAUGUUUUUUUUUCAACUUUUUGCAACAAUAAAAGAAAAAUCUUGUAGCUAAAAUCAUGCAAAGUGCUUAUUUAUGUGUUAUUAUUCAUGUCAAGCAAUUACCAUUUCUCGUUGUUUUAACCUGAUUUCUAAUUCUUUGUAAUAUCCAAGAUGGCGGCAAAGAUGGCGACCAAUGUUGGUGACGUAACAGGCCUCCAGCAGCGCCACCAUUCAUAAAAUAUACCUCAUUCUUGUUAAGAAGAUCAAAGGCUUUUCAGUGAAGGCAAAAUCGCUUCGAAAUACUACAACAUAUCAAAAACUCUGCGGAGGGUUUCCAUCUACCAUCCUCUUGUACCGUAUUGGGGGGAUGAUUUUGCGUGUGCGUCCGAGGGUUAAGUUGGCAAGGUAGUGGUUGGUUUUGCAUGAGAUUACACUUUUUCAUUAAAGCUUCUUUUAUAAUAGACACUAAGGGCUUGUAUUGUGUCACGAAAGGCAAUAUUUCCUUUUCUUCCUUGUUGUUUUGUUUUAGGAGCGCUGCUUUCCUUCUGUGAGUUUUACUUCUAAUAGCAAUUUUUCUUUCAAAAUUGUGUGGCCAGCCUCUAUCCAUCAACCGCUUUUUGAAAUCUGAAAUACUUCCUCAGAGGAGUUUGUUCGUAGGAUGCUCAAGGCUUCUUGCUUGUCAAAUCCAUUUUAACGAUUGGUGGGUGGUAAAAGGUGAAAAUGCAUAUACUGAAGGUUUUCGUUUAAAAUGCGUCUUUACGUCAAUGAUAGCUUUUUAUUAAUUUUCGUUGAAUGUUGUGCCUUGGUAUACAACCGGGUCUAAAAAGAUUGACUCAGUGUCAGAUAUUUCGGCCGUAAAUUUUAUAGCCAGUAGAGCCGUAGGGUGAAGUAAGUUUACUUGUUCCGUGAAUUUGAAGAAAUCUACCAUGUCUGGUUUACUUAUGUCCAAUAGGGAAAAAAUAUCAUCUAUGUAGCAUUUUCAAACAGUUGGUUUAGAGACGGUUUUGCUUAGACUUUGUGUUUCAAUAUAUACUGCCAUGAAAAUGUUGGAAAGGAAACUGCUGUAUGUGCUUAUCGCGGUACCGUGGUUUUUUACUGAUAGUGCUUUCCAUUACACUGGAAAGAAUUUUCUUUGAGGAUUAAUCUAAGCAUUUCUCGGACCGAAACAAGAAACGUUCAGUUUUUUCACCUUUGCCUUUUCAAUGAAAUUUAUAAAGUCGGUAGCAUCUUUAAGGUGUGGCUUCUGUGAUUAUGAUAUUACUUGUAGUAAUGUACUCGUAUCAACAAAAGAGGAAGUUCUUUCUGUUAGACUAUCUGAUGAGUCAUAAAUUUAAAGAGGUUACUUCCUAACGGCUAGAAAAUAAUGCAAAAUGCUCUUUUUUCUGAAACAAAUAUUGAUAAUGUCAGCCCAUGUCGGUAGGUCGGUUAAUAUGUUUCGUGUCAGUAGUCGGUAAUUUUUUACUCGUUUUGUGGCUAGUCAGUAAUAUUUUUCACUCUUUGUCGCUAGUCGGUUAACCCCAUUCACACCCUCUUGAAAGCCACAUUUGUAAGAUCAUUUACCAAACUUUUUGCAAAUUCACAUUUUGCAAAAAUAUUCAAGUGUUUACACGGUAAAAUUAACUUUAUACACCGAAUGCAAAUAUGGCGGACCUCUCGGCCGGCCCGGGUCUAGUUGCGCGAAAGCGAGGCUAGUUAGGCCUCGAGAGUUUUGUUUUGACUGCGCGUCUUAGCGAUUGAGUCGAUCGAUAUGGUUUGCAUCGAGUUGUUGCAUGCCUGAGGGCCACCAAAAAGAAGAUUUUACUCUAGCUGGAAUAGCCUUUACUUCCCCGAGAUCUUUUCUCAAAGAAACUUAAGGAUUCAUGCGAUUCGGCGCGGCGAUGGGAAGCACUUUACAGCGAAACUGUGCUCGCUCACUUGCUUUAGAUGAGAAGACUCACGAAAGUAUUUGAAUGAAAUAAUUUUCACAAGAGAUGGUGCUGUUCCAAGAUGUUUGCAUGGUCUGUUCUUCAUCCAAAAAAAAGUAAAUAUUCUCGAGAACGGGAGCAUCCGCGGUGGACCGUAAGAUCUUUUAGAUUUCACGCUGAAAACAGCUGCAUUAAAAUAUAACAACAACAAUAACAAUCGCCUGUUAAUCCUACAAGCGUGGCCUGUGAAACUGUGUAAGAACCAGAAGAAAGCGACAUAUUUCAAGAACAGUCCGUGAACAAAAUGCACUGAAAAAACUAACGGAGGAACCGUUGCCAACUAAGAAAGUAAGAAGAAGAAAAAAGGUUCUAGAAGAAAAAGAGCGUGCAAGUAUUCGAGCAUUGUAUUUGACCUUGCGCGUGAUCUAUUUUACCAACUUGUCGAAUGGUUUCGAGAUAAACUAACAGCGAUUUUCCAAAAAUUGCUUCUUUUAUGGCACUGCUCAAACUCUUGAACACAGGAUCGUGAAGACUGUGAAAAAGCAUUCGCCCUUGAUGUUUGUUGUUGUGUCCAUGAGAGCGCCUAAAGAUUGGUACGUCGCGACGGCGGAUUCACUCGUUCUCGAGGAUAUUUACCUUUCCUUGGUAAGAAAACGGACAAAGCAAACUUGAAGCAGAACCAUGAAUCUUUCAGUUAUUCACCCAUUCUAAUAGUUUCGUGAGGCUUCUCUUCUGAAGUGAAGCGAGCACACUUGCGUUCUUUUAAAAAAUAACUCCGUGAUAGUGGAGUGCCUCGAUUCGCCGCGUCGAAUCGCUUGAAUCCAUUUCUUUCUUCGUAAAGAACUUUGGCAAAGCGAAGAUAAUCAACUUUCGUCUCUGCUGGAGUUAAAUCUCCUAUUUGAUGGCUCUUAAGCACGUAACAACUCGAAGGAAACCAAAUUCAUCGACUGAAUCGCUAAGACGCGCAGUCAAAACAAAACUAUCGAGGCCUCACUAGCCUCGCUUUCGUGCAACUAGACCCGGGCCGACCGAGAGAUCCGCCAUAUUUACAUUCGGUGUAUGACUGUUUGUUUAGAUGUCUUCACAUGGCGAUGCGCGAAACGACUUGAAGAUAUCCGAAUCUGGCGAGCUUCGGAGGGAAAAGUUAGAGUCAAUACUGAAGACUUUAACAGCCAUGGACGACAAAUAUACUGCAUCUUUUGGGGGAGUAAAGGAUGAUAUUAAAAAGGUAAACGACAAAAUCGACAAGCGCAUUCUAAAAUCCCAUGCGGUUGGGGACAAAAUCCUCAGCAACUUCAAGAAACUUGAAGAAAAAAUCAUUCUCUUUAUACAUGGAUCUGGUAGAGGUGAAUCACCUAAAGGUGAUGAGUUGCAUGCGUGCACAGCGAGCAACGCUGUUCUUCGUGAGGAUAUUGCUUACCUGUGCCAACUAGACAACACUGAAAACCCAACGAACGAUGAACUACUGGAAGCAAUAAAAACUAAAAUGGAACAGUUCGAAACAACGAUGGAUGAAAAAAUUAAUGAAGUAUCCAAGGCACUUCAAGAAACAAAAGAAAGGUCCCAGCUCCACGGUAACGUGCAAGAACAGUUAGAACAGAGAGUUGAGAAGAGAUUCCGAGAGCACGAAGAGUUCAUCAGAACCAACUUACUAAAGGUACUGUGAAUAGAAUCAAUCUAAAUCUUACUAGUCGGCUAAACGGACGAGAAACGAUAUCAAGUUUACAUAAUUAAGAAUGUGUAGGAUCAUAAAUAAACCAAUUUGAAACUCUCCAAGAUGUUUUCUUGGACAUUUAAUCCCACGAAAUUCCGUUUUCAAAAAUGUUAUUGUUGUAAGAACCAAUUCCCCUAAGGCUUGAGCAAAAUUAGAAAUUGUCGAACAAAACAUUCGUUCAUACUUUGUUAUCUUAUAGUAGUUGAGAUGAAAGUACUCAAUUUGCCACUUGUUUGUCUUCUAACACAAACCUACACUGAUCAAGAGCAUCGGGCGAAGGUGUGUGGGUAGUUUGGCCGAGAAAAUGCAUAUUAGGGGAUAUUUGUCUUCGCCGCUAUCAUUAUUUCGAAUGAGGACAUUAAGUAAGGCCUCUGGUUUGUUUCUUAUAGUUUAUAUUUCUUUAAGUUUAAAGUCAGAUAUCGGGUAAAAACUAUAAUUAUAACUGUUUUCAAAAAAAGGUGUGAAGUGACGGUAAUUUAUGCAUAAAUUACUGACCCCGGAUACCCUAGCAAGAAAAUCUAAAACGACGCUGUUCAAAUAAAAAAAACAUAAACCACCUUAAAGGGAGUUAUGAUAGAUUACUGUACAUGCCAUUAAAAAAGGGAUCAAUGCAAAAAUCCCUUUAGGGCUAAAGACAAAAGACCACAGAAGCCAGUGGUUCGUCAAGGUCCCAUUUAUGUCAAUAGAGUGCAUGUCGUCAUGUACAAACCUCUUUCCCCAUUCAUUAUAUAUUAACGCUAGAGCAGCGCCUGGGAAGCGGCCGGUAUAUUGUGUGAAUAAGAAACCAGCUUUAUCUUAAACAGUCUGUUGCACAAGAGGAUUCAACAGAACAGCCUUCAUCUUUCUGGUGAAGAAAAUAACGUUUUUGCCCAUCCGUAAUUUGCUACAUAGCCUGGGACCAGGCUCCUCAGUGGGGGGAAAAAGGAAACAAAACGGAGUGAAGCAGCAAAAGAAAAAUCGACCACUCGUCAGGCUUUCGCUCAGCUUGCGUCGCUCGCCGAAUUUUUUUCACCUUUCCCCCCCACUGUAGAGCCUGAUCCCAGGCUAGUGGCUGCACUAAAUUAGCAGGGUGUCAAUUAACAAGGAACCUUAAGAGGUGAGCAUUGAAAAUGAGAAAAAGAGGUAUGAAAGCGACGACAUGCAUUCUCGUUUCCAGGGUCUUUGCAUGAAUGGAUAAAACCACUGAGCCGGCCCCGUCUAAAUUGUAAACGCACGAAGAGAAUUUUCAGCAGGUCGAGAAUUCGUCCUGUGUGGUGUGAACGUAGCCUAAAAUUAAACAAACAAAUCAAACAACAACAACAACAAGAAAAAAAAACAGAAAGUUGUCUACGAUGGUCAAAGUAUUAGCAGAAAAAGGACAUGGCAAAAGCUAGCUUAAACAAUGUAGGAUCAGUAAUGCCAUUGAAUCUUAUAACUCUUUAUUUUCAGACUGAAGAGCUUGAGUUGAUACUGAGUAGUUUGCAAGGGAUUAAAGAAAAGCUUAUUUCACCCUGUUGCGGAAUAAAUUCUGCUAUUCGCGGUGUAGAGGAAGAGAUCGACAAGGCCCAUGAUAGAUUCUCUCGUUUUGCUGAAGAGAUAUGCAUCAACUUUAGUAACCUUGAGGAAAGAAUUAUCGAUGGAAUUGAAGAGCGCAAGUUAUCACUCAAGUUAUCACCCCCAGCAGAAGAAGCAGUUUAUUUGCUAUCAAUUGAAAAAGCUUUGCCAGAAUCAGACAUAUAUAUGAUCGAAGCAGGUUUAGCAAUCGUUAAAAUUCGGGCAAAAAUAAAGGAGAAAAUAGGCCAGAUAGAAAAAAUGAUUGAUGAAAAGUUCAAUGAAGUAGCUAAGGCAAUUGAGGAGACGGAAAAAAAGUCCCAGAAACACGGCGACGAAGAGGAUGAGCUAAGGAAAAAUGUUCAGAAAAGAUUCCAUGAGCACGAAGACUUCCUUCGAACAAAGUUACUUAAGUUAUAA